UUCAUUAUAUUUACAAUAAGGUUGCAAAGACGACAUGCAGUCUGUGGUUUUUUGGAGUUUAUUUUUUUUGGUGAUUUUAAGCCAUUGCCCCUUUCUAUACGGGGCUCCGUCUUUAUCUCAGUGCCCUGACACUAAUUUGGGUAUCACUGGGGGCCGUUACAUCCUCUCUAAAGGGUAUAAUGAUGGUAGUAUCCUGAGAUACAUCUGUCCAGAAGGGUUUUAUCCAUAUCCUGUAAAAAAACGUGAAUGUGACAGAGGCCAGUGGGAUCCCAACCCUAACAAAAAACCCCCAGUGUGCAAGAAAAUCACAUGUCCUAAUCCAAAUGUUCUGGAAAAUGGAGCUGUGCAACCUGUUAAACCGUUCUACUAUGUGAACGACACAACCACCUAUAAAUGUAAUUCUGAUUACACAUUUCGAGGAUCUGCCACCCGUGUGUGUCAGGUCAAUGGCAAGUGGAGCGGUGGCACACCAAUCUGUAGUCAUAACACUGAUCACUGCCCUGACCCUGGUACUCCACCAGGUGCCAGCAGAGAAGGUCACAUUUUUAACAUCGAUGACAAAGUUACCUACACCUGUGCUAAGAAUCUAAAACUAAUAGGUUCCAAAGUGCGUGUGUGUCAGGAUGGUGGCGAAUGGUCAGGAAAAGAGCCGGAGUGUUAUGCCGAUUUUACAUACGACACUCCUGAAGAAGUAGCAGAGGCUUUUAGCAGUUCUUUAAAGACUACUUUAACCAUUAAUGAGGAAUCAGAAACAGUUCAAGCUGGAAAGAAAAUUCGUUUGGAAAAGGGAGGAAAACUUGACAUCUAUAUUGCCCUGGAUGCAUCUGACAGCAUAGACGAGGAAGAUUUUAAUAAGACAAAGGAUGUCAUCAAGAAGCUCAUAACAAAGAUAAGCUAUUAUGAGGCUUUUCCGAAUUAUGAAAUCAUUAUUUUUGCCACAGAUGUGACAAAAGUUGUUAAUAUUACUGAUUACAAGAGGAAAGAAACAACGUUAAAAGAUGUUCUCACAUUGCUAGAUAAUUAUAAUUAUGGUGAUAAAGGACAGAAAUCAGGAACCAACAUUCGCAAAGCUUAUGAAGCUAUACGAGACAGUAUCAGUUUUGAGAAGGCGCAUAAUAAGACAGCAUUCGAUGAGACACAGCAAGUCGUAAUCAUGUUCACUGAUGGUAUUGCCAAUAUGGGAGGAAACCCCACUCCUGUAGUUGAGGAAAUCAGGCAAACAGUUUUCAAUAAUGAUGAAAAACGGGAUAAAUAUCUUGAUCUGUAUGCAUUUGGAGUGGGUGAAGAUGUUGAGAAAGGCAAAAUUGAUGAGUGGGUGACCAAAAGAGACACCCAUGAAAAGUAUUUUUUCAUACUACAAGACAUGGAGGCAGUUGGAAAAACUUUAGAUGAAAUGAUUGAUGAGAGCACUAGUGUGUCUCUGUGUGGACUCUACAAAGACUACUAUGAUCCUGAUCUUAGAUCAACCUAUCGUUACACAUACCCCUGGCUGAUUAAGAUAUCUAUAACUCAUGAGAGUGGCACAGCAAACUGUAUAGGAUCACUGGUCACUCCCAAGUUUAUUCUAACUGCUGCCCAUUGCUUCAGGUUUGAUGAUAGUCCUGACAAAAUACUACUUGCAACACCUGAUUAUAGAGAUAUAGGAAAAUUAGAGGUGGAGAGGUUCCUUCUUCAUCCCGACUACAAUAUCAAAAAGAAGGCAGCAGAGAAUAUAACAGAGUUUUAUGAAUAUGAUGUGGCUCUUAUAGAGUUAAAGAAAAGUGUGCAAGUCAGUCCAGACAUCAGACCUAUUUGUAUUCCCUGCACUGAGGAGACGAAUGGAGCUCUACAACUGUCUGCUAGUGACGCAACAUGUGCAAAACAUAGGGAAGUGCUGUUGAACCAUGAUCUUGUGAAGGCACAUUUCAUAACACAUCAUUUAGAAAAGAGAGGACAAAAACCAAAACAAGAUGUCCAAAUCAGACAGGGGCAUCAGAGAGAUGGAUGCUUUAACCAGGCUGAAAAGAUAUUAAAAAUCGACCAGGAAAAAUCAAAGAAGAUGAUUACAGAUAACUUUUUAUGCACUGGCGGAGCUUCACAAAACUACAUAGAUGACGUUACUUGCAGCGGUGACUCUGGUGGAGCUACGUUUGUGGAAAGAAACCGUUUGAUUCAGGUUGGAGUCAUCAGCUGGGGUCUGGAGGACACAUGUGUUACUAGUGGGGAUCGUAUAGAUACCAGAGACUUCCAUGUAGACCUCUUUGAUCCAAAAGUGCGAGACUUUCUUCAAGACUAUCUGGGCGAUGAAGACAUAGAUACACCUCUACACUUUUUAUAAAGAUUCAGUGGAUGGGCAUUUACAUUUUCUGUAAACAUUUAAUGAGCUACUUGUUGCUUCUCCUAAAUUUUUGUAGGUUUUUAAAAAAAGGCCACGUCAACAAUGUGACUAAGGGGCAAAACAAACUUUUUUUUAAAUCACAGCAUGCAUGUAUUGAGUAUUCAUAACUUUCUUUUCAAAUUAUCUCAUUAAAAUGCUAUUUUAUUUAGUGAAA